AUGGAGACCUGGUUUUGGAUUCUUGGAUGGGUUCUUUCCUUUCUUGCCAUCACUGGAAAUGGAUUUACAAUCUUCCUCGUCUGCAGCAGACGAAAUCUCCGCACCAAAACCAACGCGUUUAUUGUUUCACUUGCAGUGGCGGAUUUUUGUGUUGGUUUGAGCGUUGUUCCUUCUUUGUUCGCAUGCGACGUUACAAACACCUGCUACUGGCCUAAGGUUUUUCCUUCAUGGAAAGAUGUCGUAAGGUGGCUGUUUAGCUACUUAUCUGUUUUAAACUUGUGUUCUCUGGUGCUCGAUCGUUAUAUCGCCAUCGUAAAGCCUUUUAAAUACAUAACUUUUAUGACUCGAUCUCGUGUUAUUCAAGUGAUAACUGCCUGUUGGAUAGCGUCAUUUACGCUGGUUGCGUUCAAGACCGCACUUCGGCUUUGCUGCGAGACCCCUCUGACCAGUAUCGUUGCAGUUGUGGUUUUAAUGAUUUUCAUGGAAAUCGUUCCAUGCGUACUGCAAGUACUCUGUUUCGCGUCAAUGUUACUUCAUGUAUGGAAACAUGAUCGGUCAACACGCACCCUAGCAAAACAGUUACGUUUUAACCAUCGGGUAUCUUUUAAAACCCAUCACGAGAAGUCUGCAGUAAUAAUGAUGGGUAUUGUGAUAGGAGUGUUUGUUGUGUGCUACGGAAUAUAUUUGCGUUGUAGUCUGUUAGUAGUAUUCGACACAAAUGCAUCAUGUAAAGAUGAACAAUACAAAAUUCCUGUGUUGGUUUUAAACUCGGCCAUUAACCCACUUUCUUAUGCUUUUUUCAAAAGAGACAUAAAGAAAGAGUUUAAAAGGCUUAUCAGUCAGGUGGUUUAA